CGUCUGCUUCACAAGUAACAAUUUAAUAGGCCUACCCACGAAGAUGAUAGUACUAGAAGUCGAGAACUUUAUAAACGGUAAAUUUGUACCGAGCGAAUCACAUAUAGAUAGUUAUGAACCGUCCACGGGUGAAGUAUGGGCGUCAAUUCCUGACAGUGGCGAGAAGGAGAUCGAACUUGCAGUGGCGAGCGCUAAGGCGGCAUUCAAAGGAUGGUCCAGCACACCUCGAGAAGAACGGUCCAGAUUAAUCAACAAAGUAGCAGACCUGCUAGAAAAGGACCUGGAAAAAUUUGCAGAAAUGGAAGCACGUGAUCAAGGGAAACCACUCCGACUAGCCAGAUUAAUAGAUAUACCAAGAGCUAUUUAUAACUUGAGAUUUUUUGCUUCUGCUAUUUUACACGAUUUGAACAGUUCAACAGUUUUAGAGAAAGCUGGGGCGAUCAACUAUACCAUCAAACAUCCGGUUGGAGUAGCAGGACUUAUCUCCCCUUGGAACCUACCACUAUACCUAUUGACAUUCAAGCUGGCUCCCGCCAUAGCUGCUGGUAACACAGUCGUUGCUAAGCCCAGUGAGAUGACCUCAGUCACAGCUUACAAAUUAUGUGAACUUUUUAAUGAAGCAGGAUUUCCCCCAGGAGUAGUUAACAUGGUGUUUGGUUUUGGUCAUAAAGCUGGCGAAGCCCUGGUCUCGCACGCUGAUGUUCCUCUAAUAUCCUUUACUGGGGGAACCGUCACAGCUGAAAAAGUGCGCAUGUCCGCCUCCAAACAUUGCAAGAAAUUGUCACUUGAGUUAGGUGGGAAGAAUGCCGCCGUAGUCUUUAAAGAUGCUGAAUUGGAUAAAUGUGUUUCACAGUGUAUCAAGUCGUCGUUCAUGAAUCAAGGUGAAAUAUGUCUAUGUACCAGUAGAAUCUUUGUGCAGCGUCAACUUUUCCCCCAUUUUCUGGAAUUAUUUGUUCAAGCCACCAGGAAAUUGACUGUUGGUAACCCGUAUGAUGAAACGGCUAUAAUUGGAGCACUGAUUAGCAAUCAACAUUUAAACAAGGUCAAAGGUUAUGUUAAAAUGGCUGAGAAAGAGGAAGCCGACGUAUUGUGUGGUGAUAUGUCUGAUGGGUUAAAUUUAACAGACGAGAAGAAAAAUGGUUAUUUUAUGAGACCAACAGUAAUAACGAAUGUUCGUGAUGAAUCUCGACUGAUGACGGAAGAAAUAUUUGGUCCUGUUGUUUGUGUCGUGCCAUUUGAUGAUGAAGAUGAGGUUAUAGAAAGAGUUAAUAAAGUAAAAUAUGGUCUUUGUGCUACAGUUUGGACUCAAGAUGUUUCACGACUUCAUCGUGUUUCUCAUCAGCUACAGGUAGGAACUGUGUGGGCCAACUGUUGGCUGGUCCGAGAUUUAAACCUACCUUUUGGUGGAGUAAAAGAAUCGGGUGUUGGAAGGGAAGGAUUAAAAGAUUCCAUUGAUUUUUACACAGAAGAAAAAACAAUAUGUCUUCAAUUAUAGCAAAGUUUUCAACUUCACAACACUCAUGGUUAAUCUUUAAGUGACAUUUUAAGCGAUUGGGAAACACAUUAAUGGAACACAGUUUUUAUGGGAAACAAUCACUGGUUUUAUUCUAAAAGCACAACGUUUCUACAAGUAUCAUCUUAUCGUUUUCAAUCAUUCACGGUUAAUUUGUUGUCCUAGUAAGCGUUCGUUUCAUGUCGUUUGUUUUUUUUUGCUUUAAAUUCGCUGACAUACUUUCAAAUAAGGCCUGCACCAUCUGUAGCUAACACCUCACCUCAAUGACCUCUCUACCUACUGACCUCUGACCUCUACCAUAAGCCCUAUCUAUAGAAAUGGUUACCAAUAGUUACGGUUCCAUUAAGAACCGAAUGAAGAUUUUUGUAAUUAAAUGUCACUAGUGAUCAAUGAUUCAAAGCUAGUGUUGAGAAUGUACAGAAAGUGAUUAGAUAUUGUACAAUAGUCAUUUAUUUAACAGGUGUGUAAAUGACUGUACAACGUGUAUUUACUAUUGUUAUAAUAGACUACCCACCACCGAAUACACAAACCCAAACAAUAAUGGCGUAUAUAUUAUAUCACGUAUAAGUAGCGUCA